UUGAGUGAUGGAACGGAAAAAUCUAGGCUGGGAAUUUGCGCUUGAUUGAGUUUGAAUCUUUCAAAGCGAUCUCUGGUUUUUGAGGAGCAAGAUCAACCACACCAGUCGCAGGAUUCCCAAACCUCUAAAGCCUGCAGAUCGACUUUGAUAACUCUGAUAAAAGACAACUACAAAAAGUCUAGUCGAUAAAGAACGGAUACAGCAUUCAAGUCAAGACUAAAUGAGCUGUAAAGAGUCUAACGGCGACGCGCAUCAGAAUGGAAAACAUCACGACGUCAACCGCAACCAGCAAUGGCCUUUUGACGGUACUAAAGGCGCUUUGUCGGGACGAAAAGGCUUACGCUUCGUACACGAGUUACCACCUAGCUACCACGAGCCUUUUAUCCUCUCUGGUUACCGUAACCCCGGGAAUUUUUCGCUAAGGCAGUGCCUUGUCACAGCUUUCUCGCUGCACAACGAGACCAUAAACAUCUGGAGUCAUCUCAUCGCCUUUAUCGCCUUCGCAGUGUAUUUCUACUACAAGUUCCAGGCAUUGGGCGUUGGGUUUACUUUCGGCCCCACAGGCUACCCGCUCAUGUGUUUCGCGUUCGGGAUUUGCCUAGUUUUCAUAUCGAGCGCUGGAGCUCAUCUGUUUUGCUGCCUGUCGGAGGAGUGUCGACAUAUCUGCUUUUACCUCGACUACGCUGCUAUAAGUGUUUUUACGCUCACCGCCGCUCAAGCGUUCUACUUCUACUCUAGACCCUCAGGGAAAACUCUGUUCAUUUUCGACUCUCCGCACUUGUAUCUCGGCAUCUCGGCGUUUCUGUCAGUCGUUAACGUGGCUCUUUCCUGCUUGUCUAGACACUAUCUGCGAGACUUCCGGUUUCUGCUUCGCGCCGGACCCAAUCUGAUCAAGAUCCUUUACGAUACAUGGCCAUUUGUGGCGCGCAUCAAUCACUGCACCAUGGCAACCGACUGCAAUGCAAUAGCCGUCACUCUCUUCUACCGACACUGGCUAUGCUAUGGAAUAUCCGGAAUCACUUACGCUGCCAAGAUACCGGAACGCUGGAUGCCCGGAGUGUUCGAUUUUUUCGGCCACAGCCACCAUUUUCUCCAUAUUGUGACAAUCUUCGGGAACUAUUACGCGUUUCUGGCGGUCUCACUGGACAUGACAAAUCGCGCGGAGCUCCUCUCGAAGCUUCCUGCGCAGCCUACCGUGGUCACCACGUUUGGUAUGUUGCUGGUAGUGCUACUGAGUGGAGGGAUAAUCACGUGGGUGUUUAUCUAUCGGUUCCUACAGCAAGACCAGGGCGCUGACGAGUACGUAGGGGGGACACAGUAUACUGUCAUCUACCGGAGAGAGGGGAAUUAUGAGAAGAAAACAAGCUAACGAAUAGUCAAUCUAUGAUAUAGGCAUUCUGGCAAAAUCUUAACUGCUUUAAAACUUUAAAAAUAAGAAGAGUUACAAGGUCGUAUCGUGGGCCCAAAGUUUUAUGUAAAGAUGUAAGUUGUAAAGGGAAAGAAAAAGCAAUGCAUGUUUCUCGGCUAAGAUUUUAUAUAAAGACGUCUUAAAAGCGAUAUAUAUUUUUAUAAUGCAUGGAUUGGGCUUUUAUGGUAUCUUCAAAGUCAUUAUGGUAUCUAAUGGUUUUGUAAAAGUUUUUAUUUUAUUAAUGUUUUAGUAGGACAUAUUUUGAUCGACUCACUGAUAAUAUUAUAGACCCCGGCGAUAACAGCUUCCUGAUAAUACAAAUUCGAAUAGAAAUAAAGAUAUUGAAUUCUGA